AUGCUCGCCCUUACAAAUCCGAAGGUACAGAGCAUUCGUGAAGAGGUAUUUUCGAUGGAGGAUCAAAAUCUCACGGCGGAAAGCGAAUCGCUUACGGACCUGAAAAGCACUACGACCGAGAUAAAUGGGGCGUCGGACGACGAAGACACGUCGAUCGGGAACAGCGGAAUCGUCGGCGAAGGGCAUCUUGAAGAAUUGUCCAGCGGUGAGGUGAUUUCGAAGAAAAAGAGAAGAGGAAGGCCGAGGAGAAAAGCAGCCAUCGACCUGGAGAAGCCAUCAUCGCCGUCAUCGCAGGGGAGCCUCUCGUCGUCCGCCAAUUCACGAAACACUUCGAAACGCCGCCUUGGGCGGCCGCCUGGUAGUGGUAGGUUGCAACUUCUCGCAUCUUUAGGUGGUUUUGCUUGGGACACUGCCGGCGGAAGUUUUACCCCCCACAUCCUCCAUAUUCCAAAAGGAGAGGAUAUUGUGAAGGGUCUAUCAAGAUUCUCAAAGAAAGGUCCUCGAGCAAUCUGCAUAAUUUCUGCUGUUGGUUCAGUUUCGAGCGUUCAUCUCCGCCAAGUUGAUGCGGAGCCCAACACCACACAGAAAUUCCAGGGAAUGUUUGAGAUUCUGCGCAUAACAGGGUCGUUUGUGGGACAAAUGAACGGUAAACGCACUAAAGUGGGACAGGUUUCCAUUUCACUCGCUCAUCCUGACGGGCGAGUUUUUGGGGGCGUCGUUGCUUCUGCACUCAUAGCAGCCACCCCCAUUCAGAUUGUUGUGGCAAGCUUUAAGCAAAAAAUUAGCCCUGCAGUUAAAAGGAUGCACACACCAGCUCACAACAGCCAGUCCUCAGCAGGCACUGAUGAAGAAGAAGUAUGUGAUGCUCCGGGUACCCCGCAGCACUAAACCACCAAAACGACACCGUUUCUUCAGCAGUUAGCAGUCUUCACCUCCAGAGGUUACAUGUACUUCUCUACCUCUUCUUAUCUCACACAGUCAGUCGCACACAGUGUUUGAAUAUUAGAAAAAUCUUAGCAAAACUUCCUCUGGUGGUGAUUUUAUAAGAACUGUUUAUCAAUUUCUAGAGUUCAUCU